CGCGCGUGGUUUGCGUUGUGUUGUGUUGCGUCGCGUCGCGUCGACGCCGAUCUCUUUCUCUCUCUCUCUCUCUCUCUCUCUCUCUCCCUCUCUUGCAGCGAGAGAACGCACAAGCUGCGCCGAUUAUUCCAAGCACGAUGCAGUGCGUAGCGUGAGAAGGAUUGCCCUUGAAAGAAUCUCACCGAUCUAUUUAUGCGUACGUGCGUUACACAUUGGCGUGCGCCAUACCGAUACUCGAUUUCGCAUUGUCGCGCGAGAUCAGUACAGUAUUUGCGCGUACGAUUAUUUGGUGCGACUGUAUUAGUUUCGCGCAUUGUUCCGUAAUCGGUAUACGUUGUUUCCUCGGUGACCCAUGUUCCGCGCGUGUGUGUGUAGUGUAUAUAUAUGUGUCGGUUGCGCGGAAUAGCGUGACGCCUUGCGCCACGUUUGAACGACCGUUACGCUACAUUUCGGAGUACGGGAGUGUCGGUUUUGUAGCCAAGUUCAUAUAGUAUCGCGAUGUGUCUCGGCUAGUGCGUCCUUGGUGAGAUUAAAGCAACAGGAAUUGUGAGGCAAGAAAUAUAGAGACAAAGGAGCAAAGCUGUUGUGGGGACGUGCUGAGAGAGAAGGAACGCGAAGGACAUUGUCGCUGCCUUGAUUGAUGGAUACGGAGAUCCGGACAAACGUCUAUGAUUGCUCUCCGUAAAUGGGAUAAUACUAUUUGUGGUACGAAAGCGACUAUAAUAGCCUGGAAGCAUUAAUCAUCCCGGCGUUUCUUCGUCUCUGAGAUAUUGCUGCGAGCUUUUCCGGAAGUUUCCUGCCAAGCACGAACGUAAAAAGUGAAUAUUUAGGCCAUGUUUGAACGGUGCUGCGAACAGGAUGCCGACCACUGACGGACGCAAUGGUGCCGUCCGCGUAGUAGUCCAGGAGAAACUAUCCCAGUUCGACACGUAGCACCACCCUUGGUUCAAGUGGCAUUCUAUAGAAUCGUGAACGUUGCACUAUCCCGAGACUAGAACAAACGCUUCCUCGAGAUGGGACCGAGAACGACAGGCUGGUGGUUGCUCUGUGCGGCGUUUCUGGUCGCCCUGUGUCAAGGCCACGAGCAGGACUGGUUGCAUUGCCUGCCGAUUUGCAGGUGCAAAUGGGUGUCCGGCAAGAAAACCGCCGAAUGCAUUAAGCAGAAUCUCACGCAUGUGCCGGGAAACCUCUCGAGCGAGAUUCAGUAUCUCGAUCUCUCCGACAAUCGCAUAAGUCAUCUCACGUACAAUGCGUUCGAGCGCGUCCAUCUGGUGAAUCUGCAUAAAUUGGCGCUGCGCGAAUGCGGCAUCGAAUCGAUUCAUACGAACGCUUUCAACGGCCUCAAGAUCAUCAUCGAGAUCGAUCUGUCGGGUAACAAUAUCCGUACUUUACACCCGGGCACCUUCCAGGAGACUUUACGAUUACGGGUAUUGUUACUCAAUCAGAAUCGAUUGAAGGUGCUGGAGAACGAUCUGUUCUUCAAUCUCACCUUUCUGCAAAAAGUGACGUUGUCCGAAAACAGAUUGGAGCGGAUUGAGGAAAGGACGUUCCGCAGACUACCGGAAUUCGCCUCCCUCGCUCUGGACGGGAAUAACUUCAGUACUUUGCAACUGCAAAGCUUCGAGGACCUUCCUAAACUCGGUAGCCUCGAACUUCGGAAUAAUCCCUGGAAUUGUAACUGCCAUCUCAAAAGGUUUCGCGACUGGGCGAUCGAAGAAAAGUUAUACACCAAACCGACCACUUGCCAGCAACCGCCCAACAUGGCCGGCAAGAUGUGGGACGAAGUUACCAGCGACGAGUUCGCGUGCAGACCGAAAAUCAUCGCCAUCGGCCCGGCGACCAAAGUCGAGAUGGGCAGAGGAGACGUGACUCUCUCGUGCAAAGCAACGGGAAUCCCACGUCCUCAGCUGUCAUGGGCCCAUCGUACACGUGUCUUAGACCACUCUUCCAGACGUCCUAAUAGCGACAGAGGCUACGUGCUAUCAACCAGCCACGAUUGGCUGAAUCUCACGAUUUUUGACGCGACGCCUUCCGACAAAGGCGAUUACAUCUGCCACGCUAAGAGCCCAGGAGGCGAUGCCGAGAAGAACGUGACCCUGGCGAUCGUGAGCGACGCCCUGGGCAGCAGAGACAACGUUGUCAACCUGCCACUCAUUAUAGGGCUCACGGUCGCCGCCCUCUGCCUGCUGAUAGUCAUGAUAGUGCUUAGCGUGUACUUCUGCCAGCGUCGCCGGACCAGGCACGACGAGAAGGGUCUCGAGGCGGCGUCCUUGGAACAUCACGGCCUUGGCGAGCAGGAGAAAUCCCUCAUCACCACCAUCAAUCCGGUGGUGAAGCCGCCGAGGCGCUACGAAGCACCGUCGGUGACGUCACACGGUACGGAGAUGACGGAGCUGAAUCGCACGUUGCUCGACAACGACUCCGUCUUCGCUGACGGUGUCGGGAGCGGUGUCGUCGACAGAGUAGGCGACGACGAGAGGGAGCACGAACUGGCUACUCCGGAACUCGACGGAGGCGGCGGAGGCGGUAGCGGAAGCGGCGGUACCGGCGGCACGUUGCUGCGGGGGAGUGCCGGUUACCAUCGACAAUAUCCACCGGACCUGCUGGCUUUUUCCGGCGGUCGCGGUGCAUCGCCAACCAGCCAGACGUCAAUGGUGACCGACAGCGUACGUCUGCCUAAUCAACACGCGACGACGACGACAACGGCGACGGCGAUGGCGUCGUCGUCCUCGUAUAGCUCGCCGCCACCCGGCCAGUUUCAUCCAGCCGCCUUCAAGACGUUGCCGCACAGUCGCAGCGUGACGCCGUACAGCUUCGGACCGUCGUCGUCCUCGUCAUCGAUGGCACCGGUGUUACCGCGUCACGGCUACGUGACGAUUCCGCGACGACCGCGGGCGCCCAGUUGGAGCAGCGGACCCCCGACGUCGCCGACCGACAUCCUCGAGCCGGUUUAUGAUAAUCUCGGGCUGCGCACCACGGCGGACGGCAGCUCGAUGCUAUCGUUAAACAAGAGCCCGGAACCGGCGUCCAUGCGGGGCCGGCCGCUUCCGGUCACGCCAGGCGGUUCGCACUACGGUACGAUUCAACGUAGCACGCCGAACAUUCUGACCGGCAGUCCAUUGGACCGGGCGGCACCGGAAGGCGCGGCCGAGUGGCCGAUCAAGCUACCGGACGAGAGUAUGAACGGUGGCCAUUCGCUGCUGACGCAGCAGCAACAAGCCGCGACCAGCAAUACCCUCGGCAGGAAAGUGCCGCCUAGACCGCCUCCGAAACCCAAGAAGAAAUCCGCCAACGGGCCGACGCUGUACGAAGACGAGGGUGAGGACGGCACGGAAGUAUGAUAUCACGGGUAUCGUCCGCAAUGAGGACGAUUGGUCGUAGUACGCCACGAUGGGGAGCGUGCGACCACAUUUACAAUAAACCGGUAGUGCCUUUCGAAACGCGCGUUUUCACAUGCGUAAAACUUCCACUUCGCUCGGUGAGUCGCACUCAUCUGGAGGAUGACGACUCGGGAAGACUUACAGCAUCGGCUCGCCGAAAUCACUGACGAUGAUGUUGAGACAUACGAAAUACGGCGAUCGGACAAACGUGUCACCUGUUUCCUUCCUGCAAGUCAUCUCUUCCCCUUCCUGUCUUUCCUGUAAAUUAUUUUAUAAAUUAUUUAUUGUAUGCUGCGGAGAGAGAAAUUCAAAUCCAGUGGAUCGUGCGAUCCGUAUGAAUCAUCUUUUUUAAACAGUCCGGUUAUCGAUGAGGUUCUCUAUUCCUCGUUUCCUAUGUAUUAUUUUUUCUUUUUUUUUUUUUUUUUUUUCGUCGAGUUCCUUUAGCCUUUUAUUUGGCGCCAGCCACGCGCGGUGAGGUGAUCACGUGAUAAAGUGAACACAUUGUUCCGGACACAUUGUUGCCGGUUUAGUCGAUAAGGCGAAACCUGUUUAGUAUGAAAUUUAUGCGAAACAGGAGAAGCAACUGCUGCAAGUGCUGAACACAAAUCGUUCGUGUCAAGAGCGAUAUCAGUGAUUUCGUCUUCUUUAUCCGUAAAUGGAUAAAAUCGCGAUCGUUCCAAUACGAUUCACAUGUACAAUAUAAACGGAAAUGUUAAGAUUCAGACAAAGCAACGUUUUGCACAUGUUACAUUUAUGCGGAAAACGUAAUGAGAAUUUAACAUUGUUAAGAAAUUAUAUAGCUGUUACAUGUCAUCCUGUCGCGUUUCUUUUUUUUUUAAUGUCGAAAUUCCGACGCUUGUAUCGAAUUGUAGCAAGGACCGUCGCAUUUUUAUGCAACGCAAACUCUCGAGCAAAGCUUACAUCGAAUGGCGUAACGAUCUAUGUCCCUUUCCCCUCUGUAAGAGCAUUGUUACACCGAAUAUUCGUAGAGAUAUCCCGUACUCUGCAAACGACAUUUGGUAUCCUAUAAUCAUUAAAAGAUAUCCUUUGCGAGAUAAUUAUAACAGGAAAAUGAUAUUAUCUACUCCGUAUACUUUGCAUAAUCAGAAACUGCAGUAUUUUGUCAAUUUAUUGUUACAAUUAUUCUACUCAAUGUAUUUUAAUCCACGCAAGGGGUGUAUAUUAAAAUUGAAGAUGAUAUCGACAAAUGUCGUUAACAAAGUACGUAAUAUAAUACUACUAUAUGAGGUGCCAUGUUUUGUAUUAUGUUAAACGGAUAAAUCUCUAUUACGGCAAUGUAUAAACCUAAAGUAGAUGUAAGUGCGAUGACACUCGAAAGCGUGUUUGAACCUGUAAGAACAAAUGUAUUAUGAAAAUACGAUUAAGACGGUGUGCAACCUAAAGAAAAAAUGUGUACGUAGGUAACGUCUGUCUCUGUCAACGCUAACUUGGCACGAAUAUCGUGACUUUGGAGUUUCGUAUAAAUCAACUAUCGUCGGAAUAAACGAGUGAUCAGACUAACAGCGUAUUUUGGAAAUGUGGUUAAUUUGGCGUCACUGUCCAAUUGAUCUUCGCCGCCACAAUCAUACUAGGUAUAAUUAACACCAAAAAUGGCUAGUUUAAUGUAUAUAUACACCGCUGUAUCGAUCGACUCAAAUUUACUUCGGAAUUUCGUAUUAAUUGAACGCGCGUUUCAAUUAGCAAGCAGCAACAGAAUUUCGAUUGUUAACAAUUGCAGCAUCGCGCAUAAUAUCUGCACUGCGCGAAGAAUCAUUGAUCGGAAGUGGAAACGAGCGUAGUAUGCAGAGCUCGGAUGCCGAUCGCGAAUCAAAAGGGACAUUGCGGAAUGCGAGGAUAAAUGUUAGAUGGACAUGAUUUAAAAAGAUGGGGAUAUUACGACGUGUCGUAAACGAUGGAAUUUAACGCGUCACUAUUUUGAGAUACGCUCGAACGCUGCAAUUCUACCAUCGACGACAAUAUAUCGCCAAGUAGAACGUCCGUGCGAGCUAUAUAUCAUCGACGAACGAACGGACUUAUGGUCCCGAAUACCUGAUGGUCGAUAAAUCGUCUCUUCUUGAAACUAGAAAACAUGUGACUUGUCGAAGCGAUUGUCGCGCGCGCGCGCGCAUAUAUACACAGACACACAUACACAGACACACAUAUACACAAACACACACACAUAUAUUUUUACACACAUACAAACGACCGAAGCGCAUUUUUCUUUCGUUGAAGUUAAUGCCUUUUUGACGGGGAACUCAUUCGAGCUUGUCUUUUCUUUUCUUGUUUUUUCUGCGAUGCGAUUCCCGCGAUAUGAGUACAGAUCGUCCCCACUUGCUUCCAUUAUCUUCUAUGCCGGGGUUAAUUCUGUCGAUUUGCCAUUUCCGUUUUCGCCAUGCGACAUCAAGCCGCUAUACAUCGUGAUAAGAAGUGCUUACGUGCUUACACACCAGCACAAAGAGCGCCGCUUCACCCGUAGGUGAUAUUUCACCGGGGGUAAAGCGUGUAGGGUAGGUAGGUAGGUAGGUUGGUGGGUAGGCGGGAGAGAACGUUCUUUAACUGCGAAUUUAUCGCCGACGAGCUACCCCACUCUUUAUGCUUUUGUUACCUUUUUAUCCGGGAGAUUAACGUUCUAUUUCUCUGGCUUUAGCAGGGAUUUUUCGGACGCGAUUAUAUACAACUUGUUGCGAUUGCGCGCAGGACGGCUGCAGUUCUCUCCUCUCCUCUAUACUACCGUAACAAAGUGCCGAGUAGUCGGGAAGAUGUAUUUCCGAUGUGAAUCUUGCGCGCACACAAGCGUGACUUACCGUCGAACGAUGCUCGAAUCCAAAGGACGCUCUCGAUCAGCGCGAACAUCCUGUCUUUCAGACGACUCGCGGACCUGUUCGGGCAAAACAACGACGAAUUCUUCUCCAUAAAUGUAUUACGCGGGAUCGUGUCGCGAUAUACGGAAGUGACGCACUUUAUAUUAUAGAUUUAACGAAUCGAUCGCUUUUUUCCUUUUAUACAAUUGUACGAGAAAAUUUUAAUAUUUCGAUAUUAAAUACUUUAGUACUCUUCGAACUAGCCAAUUAAAUUAAUUUUUUUAAAUAAAAAUUACUUAACUUGAAUAUAUAUAAGUAAGUGAAAUGUAUAACUAUCUAUCAUUUUAUUAAGUGCUCUCCGAGAUUUUAUCAAUCAAAAACAAAUCUUUUGAUUGUAUAAUAUUAUACAUGCGUAUAAAUGCUGCGAAUUUAAUUUGAGGGAAUAAUUUUUUUAAAAUUCUUUCUGUUUUUUUUUAUACACGUUUCUCUUUUGAAGAUUAUUUUUUACAUUUCUCUAUCUCUCUCGAUGACAGUUAUCCCGAAUGUGAGAGUCACAAGAGCAUAGCGUGUGACGGUCAUUGAUAUAAAAAAAAACAAAAAACGAAGGGCUUUAUUCAUGCCCACUUUAUGUGCCGAACAGUAUUAAGCUCUCGAUGACUGCAGUUCCGAGCGCAAAGAAGGCGAAACCGCCCGGGUGAGACGUGACGGAGAAAAUAGCGACGCGAUCGUGUCGCCUCGAUUUUUUCGUUGCGAGCGACGAUUUAUAGCGGCGCGAUAUGUAUAUUUGUAUUCGCGGUAGCUUAAAUAAUGUUCCCAGUUUUUCGUGCCCUAGUGCCAACCGACGGCGAUGUUCCCGUCUCCGUUUCCUCCGACGUCGAAUAUUUAAUUUUUGCGCCUCUGUCUCUCUUUUCUCGCGAUUUAUUCCAGGUGGCAAAAAUAGUUUUCACGUCAAAAUGAUUACUUUUGCCACCUGGGUUAUCACUGUUCCAUCCAAUGCCUCGAACACGAUAUACAUAUAUAUGUAUAUAUAUAUAUGUAUGUAUGUAUAUCGCAAACGAGAAGUUCACACAUUGACGUGACCACGAAAAAUCGAGCUCGCACGAUCGGAGAGAACGUCGACAGUAUUUUAAGCGGCCUAGCAGAGUCGCGGAUCGCCCUGCUCGACCACCGUGCCAUGCCAUGUACAUACACACCCCUUUCUCUAUCUCUCUCCCUUUCUCUGCACCCUAUAUCCAUACACACUUGUUCAUAUUGUAAAUGCUGUGCGCGAUGGAAGCUAGCACGGCACGUCCGGUCGUUACGGCGCCACGAGUAUAUUUUUGUAAUUUUGUAUUUUGAAUUGUGCUCUCCGCGUGUGCGACGUCUCACUCCGGUCCGGAAGCCGAUUAGCGGCGACGAGAGAACCGGGUCUCUCGUUUCUAUCGAUAUCACCAUACCGUACAUACGUAUGUAUAUACACUGCGAUCGUAAACCCCCGGAUGCAUAGUACUCGCCGAGGUGGGUAUUGGAAGACCCACCGAUGCACGUUCCAUUUAACACUAUGGGAAAGUGCUGCGCGCGUCCGACAGUUAACGAAGCGAAUGUGUAUAUGUAUAUAUAUAUAUAUAUAUAUAUAUAUAUAUAUAUAUAUAUUUUGUAUGUAUGUAUGUAUGUACCCUGGUGCGCGGCAUCGGGAUAAUUUAUUGAUUGUCGCCGAAUUGUAUCCGCCGAAUCGCGACUAGCGAAACCGUCUCACCAUCUAUGCAGCUCUUACACCGCGAAAUGUUCGACACCGAGCGAUCACGAUAAUCACGGAAACUAUUUCGAAUCCGAUCUCGUCCCUGUCAACGCGUAUCUUCCUUACGAAGCUCUCUACAAUUAGCGAGGAUCUUGUUAUAAUCCUCAACAACGAAAUAAUUAAGAUUCUUCGAGAUUCUUCGGAGAUUUUUAUCCGAGUGAUCCGAGACUCGAAUAAAAUUCUUUGAACGCUAUCGAAAUAAUCGAAUUCCCGCGUCUUUUUUUCUUCUUUAAAGAAUAAAAGAGUCAGAUUUAUUUUGCAUUGUUUUCUAUAUUGAUUGUCAAAGAUAUUCUGUUCUUUCACAUUUUUGCUAAAGAUUUUUAUUUCAUCAUUGGUCCAAGAUUUUUUUAUAAAAUUGUUGAGACAAAAUUGCUAGAGGAUUGAUGUAAUGUAUUCGAGAAUAAAAUUAAAAACACGACUUCUUCGUAUGAAUAAAAAAUAAAGACAGAGAUCAUUUAACGCUUUCGCGAUAAUGUGGUAAAUAUCGCAAAUUCUCAGCGUUCAAUUAUCCAUCCAACUGUCGCAUUGUUUGCAUGAAUAAUAAAAGAAUCAGAUUUA